UUAUAAUUGCACCAAUCGAGUGCUCUGUAUUGUUGUGUUAGAAAAGUUUCGUUUAAAACCCCAAAAACCAACUCCCCUGUUCCUGGAUUUUUCCAUUUUGUGUUAUUCACUAACACUUGCCGUGUCUUUUCUCUGAUUUCAUUUCUUAAAAAAAAAACAGCCGAAACCCCCUUUUCUUAGUUUUGUUGAAACAACCCAUUUUGCUGUUCUUAGUUUUAAAACCAGAACCCACCGAGUUCUGCUCAGCUGGGUUUUGUACUGAGUCAAAAACCGAGUCGUGCUUCCGAGUUGCCGAGUCACUAGCUGGUUCGAGUUCAGUUGCUUGUUAGAGGAUUAUUCGGGAAUCAUGGAGUAAAGUGGACAAAUUUUGCUCGGAUUUGGAAGCUUGCUUUGGUAUCCCGUAUCUCUCCACUCUUAUUUUUCGUUUUUAUUUAGAAAACCACAAACAAAUCUGAAAAUUGGAAAAUCACAAACAAAUAAAAAAUUUUAAAAUCCAAAAAUAUUAGUUAGAAAUACAUAUUUGUUGCAUCAUGCAUUUAAACACUUAGGGGCACAUCAUUUAGAUUUUAAUUUUUGUUUUUAAAUUUUCGUACCUAUAAUUGUGGUGAUCGCUGGAGGACCCAAAGGUACGUUAAUUUCUUUUCUUUAGAUUAAAACACGUAGUUUGAGCAUCCAUAGUUGUUUACCGCUUUAAUUAUCUCGUUGUGUGGAGCAUCAUUUUAAAUAAAUCUUAAGGGCAAAACCCACUCACAAGAUAAGGGAAGGGAUUUCAUCACUCUUUCCUUGGCCCACAACAACUUAAUUUCCACAUUUUGCAUUUCCUUAGCCUUUUAAUAAAAUGAAUUAGACGUUAGCCCCUAGGAUUUGGCGCUCAAUUAGGAAGGUACCUAAAAGACGAGGUAAUCUUUAAUUAUUCCGACUCUUCGGUGUCUAAGGCAAGCGAAAGCUUACCUGGCCGAUUAAGGUUUGGUGUCUAAGCGCGGAGAUUGGCCUCUUGGCAAUGCCUGCUCCAAACUGGCCAAACCGGUCCGAAUAAUUUUGGAUUUAUUGAGUUUUUGGUGGUCCUUAACGUUAGGAGCAAGGUCUAGUUCAUUUUUAUUAGGGAACCCUAGAUUUAGGUUUUUCUUUCGCUUUUACACCCUUUCUUUUGUGUGUUUUAAUUUUUCGCACUUACUUGCUACGUGUUUACUAUCUUGUUUAUGCGAACUACUUGGGUUAGGAACGAAUCAUCUAGAUUAGUAAGACCUAUAAUCGAGAUUCCUUCGUCAUCCUCUUCGGACUCCGAACCCAUAGAAGCCAGCGAACCGAUAGUUAACAUGGCGUUGUCUCUUAAAGACCGUUGUUACCCGUCCCGUUCCGCUCAACCUUCGUGUAUCACCCUUCCUCCCGUUAAUGGGAAUAAUUUCGAGAUUAAGGCACAUCACAUUAGUAUGUUGCCUAAGUUUUUAGGGAGUGAAGGUGAGGAUCCCUACCUUUUUAUCCAAGAAUUUGAGGAGGUUUGCGGUUUGCAAAAACUCCAACAAUUGAGUGAAGACUCCAUUCGGCUUAGACUAAUCACAUUCGCUUUAAAAGAAAAUGCUAAAAAAUGGUUGUAUAGUCUUCCCGUUAAUGCUAUUUCCACGUGGGAGGGUUUUGUGGUGGUUUUUCUUAAAAAGUAUUUUCCAAAUCAUAAGACUACUCGAAUUACAAAUGAAAUAAAUCAAUUUCAUCAAAAAGAAAAUGAGUCUUUUUGGAUUUUCUUUGACCGUUUUAAAAAUCUUCUCUCACAAUGCCCCCACCACGGAAUUGAAAAAUGGAGACUUUGCAAAAUUGUUUACGAGGCCUUAGAUAGUCAAACAACCGCUUUGUUAGAGUCUAUGUGCCAAGGCAAAUUCAUGGAGAAAGAUGAGGACCAAGGGUGGGAAUUUUUCGAAGAUUUAGCUGAAAAGACUAUGUUGUGGGAGUCAACUAGGGAACCUAAAAAGUCGAUCGAGUCGUCUAGCUCUAGCUCUAGGGGUUUGCACUCGAUAGGAAACAAUGUGGCAACCGAUGCCAAAUUAGCAACCCUUACUAAGAGACUCGAAGCUUUGGAGUCUCAUAGUGGCCCUUCACUUUUGCCUAUGUUCCCGAACUAUAAUGCUUCCCAUCCCGAGAUCCAACAAUCUCACGAUUUUGAGCAAGUGAACGCGAUGUUUCAACCUAAGCCUAGAAAUGAUCCUUUUGCACCGACUUACAACCCCGGGUGGAAGAAUCACCCGAAUUUCUAGUGGAACCAAGGUCAAAACUUUCAAACUCCACAACCAAAUUUCCAACAAAGGCCCAACCCAAACUCUUACCCAAAUCAAGGUCCAAAUUCAUGUCAUAACCCAAUUCAAACUCCUUUGAAUCCUCCCGGUUUCAAUGAUUCGGAUAAACGCCUCAAUUCCUUAGAAAAGAGUUUGGAAGCCUUAGUUAAAUCGCAAACUAAUUUGACUCAAUCACAACAAACUUUCAUGACAACCCUAACCCAAGAUAGGCAAAUCUUGCAUUCUAACGUGCAAGCCGUGUCUAAGUUAGAGGCGCAAUUGAGUCAAUUAGCUAGCGCAUUGUGUGAGCGAGAGAAGAACAAGUUGCCAAGUCAACCCGAGGUCAAUCCUAAGUUUCCUCUCAAUCAAAGACCUCCCGAGAAUGUUAAUGCCAUUAUUUCUCUAAGGUCGGGAAACCAAGUGGAUAACAAAGUUGGUGAGAACAUUAAUGAAAAUGAGAAAUCGAGUCCUAAAUCAAAUCCUUCUUUUUCUAGCACUAAUCAUGAUAAGCCCGAAUGUUCUCGAAUCCGUGAGUCCAUGAGUGAACCUAGUCCUGGGCCCAUUUCUCAAAAGCCCAACGAAGAAGUUUACAAGCCAAGGGUUCCUUACCCACAAAGGCUCAUUCGCCCUAAACAAUCGGCCCAAAUGGAACAAAUCUUAGAAGUUUUUAAACAAGUCAAGAUAAACAUUCCUCUUUUAGAUGCCAUUCAACAAGUUCCUUCUUAUGCUAAGUGUCUAAAAGAUUUGUGUACCCAUAAGAAAACCACUCACGUUCCAAAGAAAGCCUUUUUGACCUCGCAAGUUAGCUCGAUUCUCUCAAAUCAAAUUCCCGUGAAAUAUAAGGACCCCGGUUGUCCUACAAUUUCUUGUGUCAUAGGCAAUACUUUUGUGGAUAAGGCGUUACUUGAUUUAGGAGCGAGUGUGAAUCUUCUUCCUUUCUCGGUCUACCAAGCCCUAGGUUUAGGGGAUCUCAAGACCACCAAUAUGACCCUUCAACUUGCCGAUCGUUCCAUUAAGAUGCCUAAGGGGAUUAUUGAGGAUGUAUUGAUCAAAAUCGGUGAUUUUAUCUUUCCCGUUGACUUUGUUGUUCUCGAGACUCAACCCGUCUCGAAUCCUAAGAACCAAAUCCCUAUCAUUUUAGGACGACCUUUUCUUGCCACAUCCAAUGCCUUAAUCAAUUGUAGGAAUGGUUCGAUGAAGCUCACAUUCGGAAACAUGACCAUUGAUUUAAACAUUUUCAACGUAGGAAAAGAACCCAAUGAACUUUACGAGCAACCUAUAGGAGUCAAUGUGGUCAACAAGUUUGUCACAUGGUCUAGCUUUGAGGAUAGUGAGAUUGAGUCUCUUUUGAAUGAGGAUUUCAAAGUCAACCACGAGAAUAAUAGAGACUAUCGAGAGUCUUUGAAGGAGUUGACCUCGGAAGAGUUGUUAGGAGAAUUGAACGAAAUUUGUUCAAAAUGGGAAACUCCGCCCGAGAUUGUUCGUGUUGACCGUAGGCCCAAUUUAGAGAGUCAUGUAGGUGAAUCACCGACAUUUGACUCGUUGUUCCAUCAUUCGCAUAGCGCCUUAGGGAAUGAUGACGUUGUUUCUUACAUCGUUCCUAGUGAUUUAUCCUAUGACCAAAAUUGCAUAAUCUCUAAUUUGCUUGAUAAUAAAGAAGCAUUAAGUUGGUUUAGGAAGAACAUUAGUGACACUUGUCCUAUAGGGGUAAACGAUGGUCAUAUGCUAGAGAAAGUUUUUGUGCCUAAAAAUUUUCGCACACAUUUUGACUCUUUCUCGAAGCUUCCUCCCAUCUUUCCUUCCGGAAUUGGUUGAUUCAAUUCUUUCUUCGAGCCUUCCCUCAUGAAGUUCAGGUAUGGGGAAGGAAAUGUGUGCGUGUGUGGGUUAUGUAGUUCGUAGUUUUUAAUAAUUUUGCAUCUCCCUCAUCUCCAUUUCAGGUAUUUUCUCUUUACUCUCUCAUUUUAAUUCUCUCUUUUGCAUACAUUGAGGACAAUGCAUGAUUUAGGUAUGGGGAGGGCUUUAGUGUAAUUCUUAAAAAAUGAAAAACCCUAAAAAAUGAAAAAAUUAGAAAAAUACAAAAAUAGAGAUGUUUUAGCUAAGUUGUCCUUCCCUCACUUGAACUUUAGGAGUAGUUGGUGUUAGCUUGUUUUCAAAAAAAUAUAUAUAUGUAGUGUCUUUUAGAUAAUUUGAACGUAGUUGAGUAAGGUUGUCUUUUUGAAGCUUGUAUCGACCGAUUUGUACUCGUAAUUCCAAGAUGGCACACACAUUUGCACAAGACCUUUGAUGGAGAGAUUGUCUAGUGAUAUUAUUCGAUACCUGAGAGAGAACCCACAUGUUGAAACAAUGUCGAAUCGAACCUUUGCGAAUUAAAAAAAAAAGAAAAAAGAAAAAGAAGAUAGAAAAAAAGAGAAAAAGGAAUAACUACUUCAAUACCCAUUGUUCUUUAUAGAUAAAAUCUUUAGAUAAAUGGGCAAAAGUAGAUUGGCUAGUCUCGUUUUGUGGCCUUUGUUACUCGAGCAAUUAAGUCCGUAGGGGGAUUUCAAAACCUAGUGCCCUAAGACCGUUUGGUUUGGGAGUCACUGACCUAAAGCUCGUUACAUGGGUAACAUUGUUUGCCUAAGAAAACGGACAAAAUAAAGUCAAUGCAAAAAAAAAAAAGAAGAAGAAGAAUAAAGAGUUUGUGAAGUUUGGCUAGAUAUUUGUUUCGAUAGAGAUUGGGUCAGUUCAAUAUUGGUUGAAAAAGAGGAAGUGUUCUUAGACAAUUAGGAUCCAUCAAAGGCCUUAAAUUCAUUACACUCCUUGGAUUUCUAGUAAAUUUCUGUGUCGAUGCAAGUAGAUUAGAGACAACUGUAUCUUGAUUAUUAGUAGAUGAGUCUUUAAGUUGUAUUUUCCUUAAAAAACGCUUUUUGUUAACACCAACGAAAUUAGAGUAGAGUCGAGUAGACACUUGCUAGAAUGUCUCGAAGAUUUUAUGGGUAUAUCUUCUGUAAACCCUUAGGAGACAAAACUCCUCUUGUAGAGAUCGUCUACGAGUUUAACGGGUUGAUGAACCUAAAAUCACCCGUCACGCCUACGAAAAGGAGCCUAGGAAUCGCAUUUAGUUUUCUUAGUUUAUUUCUUUUCUUUUGAUUUUUACUCGAGGACGAGCAAAAGAUAGGUAUGGGGAAGUUUGAUUAGUCCAUAUUUUUGCAUAUUUAAGUACCUAUUUUUUGUUCAUUUUCGUAGUAUUAAUUGCUUAUUUAUUUUAUUUCAGGAAAUUGUAGAUAAAUAAAGAAAGAAGAGAAAAUGCAAGAAAAAGGGAGAAAAAGAAAAGAAAAGAAGAAAAUCAAAGAAGUUGGCAAGUAAGGGGACACAUGGAAGGCUAUGAUCUACCCAACACACAUCCCACAUGGAUGGAUUAGACUUAGCCACCCUACCCCCAAACCCUACAUUUUUAGCUAUAAAUACCCCCAACCCUUUGCUUGUAAUCACAAUCUUUUUAACCUAGUCUUUUCCUAGUUGGUAGGUAGUAUAGUGCUAGAUCUUCUUUUGCUCUCUCAAUUUCAUACCAUAUUUGUAAACACUUUUUAUUUUAGUGCAAAUUUUCUUUUAGCUUGAUCUUGUAUUGUCUCUAUUUUCUUGCUUCUUGUGGCAUUUUCUUCUUAGUACCACCAUAUGCCUAAGGGCUUUUGGGAAUGGGAGAUGCCCUCUAAAUUAGUGUAGAUUUUAUGAUUGCUUAAAUUAGUUGUUAAAGCUCUUUUAAAUCCUAACACAAAAAUAAUUUGUGUGGGGGUUUAACUUGAACAUUCAGAUUUUACACAUUAUUUAAUGUUAAUGUUGCAUUCCAAUUAAGGCAGUAUAUACACGGUUUUUAUUAUAAUUGCACCAAUCGAGUGCUCUGUAUUGUUGUGUUAGAAAAGUUUCGUUUAAAACCCCAAAAACCAACUCCCCUGUUCCUGGAUUUUUCCAUUUUGUGUUAUUCACUAACACUUGCCGUGUCUUUUCUCUGAUUUCAUUUCUUAAAAAAAAAACAGCCGAAACCCCCUUUUCUUAGUUUUGUUGAAACAACCCAUUUUGCUGUUCUUAGUUUUAAAACCAGAACCCACCGAGUUCUGCUCAGCUGGGUUUUGUACUGAGUCAAAAACCGAGUCGUGCUUCCGAGUUGCCGAGUCACUAGCUGGUUCGAGUUCAGUUGCUUGUUAGUGAGUCAGUUCGUUUCUAGUCUGCUAUUACCGAAUCGUUUCCUCUGUUUUGAUCGAUUAGCCUAGUCAUUGGCUGAGUUUUGCGUGUUGUGUUUAGCCCCUGCGAUUUCGAGUUUUUGUUUGGGUUUUUGCUUGCUUGUUCUGCUGAUGAGCUCGUUUUGUAGUUGAUAGUGUUGUGCUUCGCUUUUCUGUUUGGUUUUGUUGAGUACUGAGUCUAGUUGAUUUUUGCUGCGUUGUUUUUCAUGGUUUUUGUUCAAAUCGCUGAGUUCUUUUUCGCUAAGUUUAUACAGCUUAGUUUUGUGUCCAGUUAGUUACUUUGUUUGAGUUUUCUGAGUCCAGUCCUUUGCUGUGUUCGAGUCUCUGGGUUUAGUUUUAAGCUUUUGUUUUGCUGCGUUUUCGUUCUGAUUUCUGAGUUCUGUUUUCUUCUCUUUUGCUGAGUCGCUGUUUUGAUUCAACCGAGUUUGUUCUAUUUGAUGAGUUGCUGGGUUUCUUUCGGUUGAGUUUGAUAGUUUAGUUUUUAAUUUCUUUGGUACUGAGUCUGUGUGCUAUGCCGAGUUAUCGAGUCUGGGUUCUGUCCUGCACUGAGUACUGUGGUUUCGUAUAGGCUGAGUUCGUGUUCGUUUUGUUUGUUUGGGUUAGAAUCGAGUCUUGUUUUCUUUUGUUAGUAUUCUGGUUUUCAAACUUUGUUAGUUUGUUGGUUUUUAUUGUUUUCGGUGAAAUGCUGGUGGGAUUUGGCUGUGUUUUAAGUCGAGUCCUGGUGUUUUGAGUCGAUUGGUUGGAUCAUUUUGUUUUGCUGAGCUGUAUGGGCCUGUUUUUGUUUCUUUUCGUUCAUGUGUUUCUUUUUAGUUUCUUUGGUUUUAGCCGAGUAAUCACCAAGUCACUAGGUUACUUUGUUUAAUUAAUUAGAAGGUUGUAGUUGGUGAUUUAAUUAGAUAAAUCAAUUAAGUGAUAAUUGCGUAGUUUAACUAUAUUUCUUUGUAAAUUUGGUAAUUUUCGAGUUAAUCACUUUCUCACUUAUUAAUUAAAAAUUGUUCUAUUCCGCCUAGAUUAAAAAUAAUAAGUUGCGAUAAUUAAAAUUUAAUCUCUGUGGACGAAUCAUUAAAGUAUUAAAACGACGAUCGUGCGCUUGCGAUUAUUUUUAAAAUCUCUUUUCGAGCACAUCAUAAUGUUUAACAUUAUUCAAUGUAGCAUUGGGUAUUGCCCAUGAUUUAAAUUGUUAUAUUAUCGUAUUUAUCAUAAUAUUUAAUUUUGUUUUGAAGAUAAAUUAGUGUUGGACUCAUUGAAACAUAUUAUAAAUUUAGGGGGUCUAUAAAUCUUGGCUGAUUAUAGCUAUCAAUUUUUUUAAUAUAUAGGAUUCAGUAGUAGAAUAUGAUAUGAUUAUAGUUAUUAAAUUUUUAAUAUUUUGGAUUUAAUAGUAGAAUAUGAUAAUAUAGGACUUGAAUAAUGGUUAAGUCACGAGAGGUUGAAUGAAUUAAUUCCAAUUUUAUAUUUUGAGUGAACUGAUUAAUUGUGGCUGCAAGGUAAAUGAUCUUGAAAAGUAAUAAAUAAGAUCAGGAUGCAUGAUGGGGUUAAAUGGUUUAAAUAUAAUUGAACUCGUAGCUAAUUUGUAAGCAUUGAUAAAAAAUUGCAUCUCUGUGAUGUGCAUGUGCCAUGUUCGUUGUGGCACUGCUGAUGUUUUUUCAUUGUGCGAGAAUUCCUCCAAGGACAAAUUAGAAAGUUGUAGAUCGGCCGCCACCAUUGCUCUUCCUAAAAUAGAAAAAUGCUUGUGCACUGCUAUGCAGAAGCUAUUAUUGAUGAUCAUGGAGCUUGAUGCUUUAAAGGAGACAGCAGAUAUGCAAGGCCUUAAAACACGAGCAGAUGGUCCCAGGGUUCACUGAUUUUAAAGAAAAAAGCACUGUUUGGAUGGUGAAUGACAAACAUGUCAAUGCAAGAGUCAGAGCUGGCCUUGAAGAAGAAUGGUGUUCUGGUUUUGAAAGAUGCGAAGACACAGCUGUUUGGGAGUCUAAUUCGACUUCAACUGCUGCCAGAAAAGCCGAGCUUUUUAAUACAGGUAAUUUUAUAUUGAAAGAUCGUAAAGUUGACAUUCUUUGGCAGAGUUUUGAUUUUCCAACUAAUACAGUGUUAGCUUUUUGAAGCCUUAUUAUAAAAGGGAAAAAGUUGGUAUCUUCAUCAAAAAAAGAAGGAUUUGCCACAGGAUAUUAUAAUUUCUAUAUUGAUUGUAAGGAUAAUGUGUUGAGGUUAUUGUAUGAUGGACUUGAGAUUACAAGUUAGUAUUGGCCUAUUAUUGCUCUGAAUAGAUACCAAAAUGGAAGAACAAAUUAUAAUAGCAGCAAAUAGUUGUGUUAGAUGAUGUGGGCCUGUUUUUGUAAGUGAUCAAUUCCUCUUUAGUGCUUCUGAUGCUGGAUAUGGGAUAAGAAGGAGGCUGAAAAUGGAUUAUGAUGGAAAUCUUAGGCUUUAUAGCCAGAAUAAUUUAAUGAAAGUUUGGAACACAUCAUGGAAGACAUGCUCAGCAAACAGGGACCAACAGAAAUGCAAUUAGAUGUGAGAAAUAAAAGAUUCGUUAGAUAUGGGGCCAAAAACAUUUACCCUGGCUACCUAGAACGGAAAGAGAUCAACUUGAACGGCAGCGAGAGUGGAGCCCAUAAACAGUCGAAAUUCCAAUGUUAGGAAGGGGAAUCGAAGAGUUGAGCCUUUAACGAUAAAAUAGGUGUUUCUGAGCCUUGUAAAAACCAGUGUUUUGCGAUAGGUAAGAUGAUCUGCAGGUGCUGGCUGUUGCUCGUGUUCAAUGGACGACACUUCGAAAAAGUAAGACUAGCUAAAAUUGUUUUUGUUUUUUGAAUGUCUAGAUUUUUGUCAAAUAGGUUUCCCUUCUCUCUUGCUUGGUUGGAUGUCGCGUUUAUAAAUAUUUAAGUUAUUUCUGUGACUUAACCUGUUGCCAUAAUCCAUAUGAGACCCGUGUAAUUUAUAUAUCUAUUUCUCAAGUUGUUGGAACAUAUGUUCUGGAUUAUUUGAAAGGUUAUUUAUAAUAUGUCAACAUUCAACUUCUUUUAGUAUCUUUAUUGUUAUCAAGGUAUCGGAAAAUGAUCCUCUUUGCCCUCCAAAUUUAAAACAGGCGACAUACAAGUCUAGAUAGAAAUGGGAUUUGAAAUGAAUUACAAGCCAUUAAUUUUCUUUGCUACUGCCUGCUACUUUUUUAUUUACCUCAGAGCAUGUAGCAUAGAUAUAAGAUCAUUAUAUAUCAGGUUCUUUGUUUAUCAUAAUUUUAUAAAUAUAUCGUUUAGUCGAAAAUUUUGAUAUGAAUUUCAUGGAGUGGUUGCUUUGUUUUUUAUUUGACUUUGACCACAAGGAACAGUGUGGUUGUAAGCUCUUUAUAAAGUGCAUCUUUUUUCGUCAAAAUAAAUAUGCUUGAUAUAAAUAUUUAUGUAUCUUUUGGUAUGUUAAAUGUAAUGUUUUAACAUAUCAAAUUGAUAGGUAUGAUAGUUUUUGUAUUGUGAUCUUGCCAUUUGUGUUGGAUCAACUUUAAAUCCUUUUAAUGUGAUUCGAUAGAAGAGAUAUUUUUAAAAAAUAUGUUAUCAAAUAUUUGCUAACCGCACGUUACACGAUUCAUAUUUCUUCCCAAAUUUUAUAAGGCUACAAAGAAAAAUAAUACGGGAGUGACAAGAAGUGAGUUUAUUUAUGACCUCAUAUCAGGUUAGUGAACUUGGAUGCUUGGUAAUUUGAUAUACAUAUUCUGAUUGUUUUAAGAAAUAAUUCAGUAUUCUACACAUUUUUCGUAGAGGUAAUAGUACAUAAUAAUUUAAAAUAACUUGAUCUACAUUUCAUUUAAUCCUUAAGCCUCCAUCUCUUAUAACAAACCUGGUAUUGUAUAGUAAUAAUAAUCAUAAUCAUAAUAAAUAAUAUUAUUGUUUAUUGAAACUUAACGUUUUCUUCUUUUCUCCAUGUCGUAGAUGAUACUAUAAGCAAAGAGAGGAUUAAAUCUCUGUCCUCCAGGCGAGGCCCUUUUGGUCAUUGGGUCAAGUACUUUGUUGGGUCAGGGAUUAUUAUUGAAUGUGAGGAGGGCAGUGAUGCUACUUAUUCUACUAUUGUCUUGACUCAUGCUAAUCUUUUCUUGCGGAAAGGAUGUGCGCCAAUCCCCCCUAAUGAAAUUGAGUCACUUGUUUACUAUUCGGCUUUUUGUUUUUCGUUCUGAACAUACAAAACUAACUUACGAUACACAGGUUGAUGUGGCACUGUCAGAUGGUAAGUUAUGCAAAUGUGAAUUGGUCGCGUGUGAUUUUUAAUAUAACCUUGCUGCUCUAAGGAUUAUAACGGAUAUACCACUACAACCUGCAAACAUGAGGUCCUUGGAUCAUGGAUGACAGCUUAUUUAUUCAUCCAACUCAACCACUUCCUGUAGACAGAUCAUUUCAACUUCGUCCUCAUUCUAAUUUAUUUAAGAUUGUUCCUGAUGACAAAGUCAUAGCCCUUUCACGGACAAAAAUGAAUCCACACUUCUUUGACAUUGCGGUUGGUCAUUUCAGCAUGAAGCACCCUUCAAUCAACUGUAACGAGUUAUUUUGCGUCAAGGGCAUCGAUGGGAACAAAUACAAUGGUGGUCCAGUUAUCAAUUUUUCUGGAGAAGUGAUUGGAAUUAUGUCCCAUGGAUCGUCUUUCUUACCAUCUAACAUAGUUUCAAGAUGGUGGAAGCAUUAUAGAACAUACAGAUUGAGGAAGACUCUCCAGCUUACUGCUCUGGAAUGCGUGACUUUGAUGUUAUCGUACAAAUUAAUGGAGUUGUAGUCCAGAGUACUUCAGAGUUCUUUGAGAAACUUAAGAUAAAGUUGGAGAAUCUGUGGAGCUUAUAGUUCUAAGAGAAAGCACCGGUGGCCAGUUAAAUUUAAGUACUACAAUUGGCCAGGCAACACCUGAGAAAUUCCCGGAGUGGCUGUGGACACACAAGGAAUUGUUAGGUUUCAAGUAAAUGUACUCAUGACAUGUCCUUGGCAGAAUUUGUUGUCCUUGAAGUGGUUUAAGGAAGUGCUUCUCUAGGUUUGAUAGAUACUCACAUAAAUUUUAAGUUUCAAGUACAUGUCAUCUCUAGGAUGCACAGGAUGUCUUUUGUGAAAAUCAAUCGCAGUAGUUCAAAAGUUCUACUCAUCACCUCUCUGUGACGUUGCUUUUAGGCAUUAGUGAGGUUGCGUGUAAAUUUAUCCCGAUUGGGUGGUUUCGGUUAGAAGAAUGCAAGUGGUAACUCUCGAGUUGCAACUUAAAGAGAAGAGAAGAAAACAUAGAAGAAAUUUUUGAAAUUUUCUCUCCAGGCUGUGCUCCCAAGUUUUUUAGGAGAGAACGGAAAAGAUUGGAAGAGAAGGCAUACCUGAAACACAAAAUACAGCAAGAACAGAAUUAUAUUUACAUUUUUAUUAAGCUCUGCAAGAAAACUGUAGAACUGAUUCACAACACCAUAUUUAAACAGAGCCAGGUAUUUUUGUAGUUGUAAAUAAGGGAAUCAAAAUAAGAAUUAAGGCUCUGCUUAUGACUUGUUGUAACCUUCUUUACUUCUGUCUAUUCGACUUUUCUUCUCCUCCUUCCUCCCUGCAA